AUGUCUAGUGGGCCAAAGGAUACACCGGGGACCAGUGGGUCAAAGGGAACACCAGUGACCAGUGGGUCAAAGGGAACACCGAUGUCCAGUGGAUCAAAGGGAACACCAAUGACCAGUGGGUCAAAGGGAACACCGGUGACCAGUGGGCUAAAGGGAAUACUGGUGACCAGUGGGUCAAAGGGAUCACCGGGGACCAGUGGGCCAAAGCGAACACUGGAGACCCGUGGGUCAAAUGAAACACCAAUCACCAGUGGGACAAAGGGGACACCGGUGACCAGUGGGUCAAAGGGAACACCGAUGUCCAGUGGGCCAAAGGGAACACCAGUGAUCAGUGGGCCAAAGUGA